GGCAAUGUCCAACAGGAAUUAUUCCAGACUUUUGUACAAAGCAAGGUUUCGACAACAACCAUCAAUGCGUCAGAGAUGACCGGGAAGGUAUGACGCAUGGCCACUGGGAUGUUGACUACAACAAAGGUUAUCGUUGUGUCCUUCAUUGUAAUGAAGGAUACGUAGCAAGUGGAUGUAGUGUACAGCGAAAAUGGGUAGAGGGAAUGCCUACUUGUGUCAAAGAUGACUGGAAAAGAAAAGUGAAAGACUGGGGUAAAACUGGUUUGAAAUAUACGGCAGUGGCAGGCACAGGUGUUGCAGCUGGGGCGGGUAUGCUCGCCGCAACUCCAGCAAUCCUCACCUUUUUAGGUUUUGGAUCAGCCGGCGUUGCUGCAGGAUCCGCCGCAGCGGCAAUACAAACAACAACAACAGCUUCGGGAAGUAUAUUUGCCUGGGCUCAAAGUGUGGGUGCUGUAAGUUAUGUCGGUACGACAGGAUCAGUGGUGAUAGGCGGGGGAACAGGGACAGCAGCCGCUGGAACAACAACAUACAUCAUAUCAGCAUUAACCGGGACGGGGUGUGAGGCGGAAUAAUGAACAUUUACCUUUCUUAUCACUUGGACGUUUAAUAUUUUCAGAACGCUUUUUUAUGUCAAUUCAAUUCCUGAGAAACAAUGUUAUAAAGGGUAUUAAGUUAUAUUACAGAUAUGUUAUUUUACUGAAAUGUAAAACACAAUGAAAAAUAUCAGUAAUAUCCACUGAAAGACCUGUGAUCAUGUUAUGUACUGUAGAAGUUCAGAUGCAAGUAUAACAUCAGGUGAAAAUUGCAAUUCUGUAAAAAGAUGGCAUUUUCAAUAAAUUUUAUUGGGGAUUUAACAAUAUAAACCUGUUGUUUCGUUUUAAGAUUAUAUUAAAUAAACAUUUAUUGAAAACCUGAUAAUAUGUCACAAACAUUGCAUACGAAUCAAAUGCCGAAGUAAUAAGUUUAUUUUCAAAAGUUUUGAAUUUAGUGAACAGAAGAAAGCAUUAUUUUUUUCAAAAAACAAACAAACAAAAAACACCCUAAAUAAACAGCAUUUCUGUAUCAGCAGCGUGUUAACAUAUUGCUUUCACAAGACUAUAAAUGUUUACAUGUAUUUCUAUGUUUUUGUUUUGCUGGCUAUUUUUCUAUUAGAAAGGAACCUUUAUUAAACCCUUAAAUCAACAAUAAGUGUUAAACAAUAUGCUUUUUAUAUAUCUUACUUUUGAUAUUUGAUCCACAUUUCUCAUCACACUGCUUUUUAUAUUAUGCUUUUUUUUUACUAACAAUAUUGAUACAGCGACAGUGUUAAGAUAUUUUCAGCUAUUUUGGAUUUGUCAAUUGGGAGAAAUUUCCAUUGAAAGUAAGAAGCCAGUAUUUUGAUUGUUGAUUCAGCUUACUGAAAAUUCCCUUAUAAAUUGCACAUUGCGUUUCCUCUCAUUCUCAUAAACAGACUCGGUGAAACCAAGUCUGCUGGUUGCAUUUUAUGCUUGUAAAGGAUUGUUUUACAGUAACUGUUAUUUAUUUGUACAAAAGCACACUUUUCGUGUAGAAUAUUAUUAAAGAAUUCGUCUGUAGGAUUUAAGUGGAUAUUAUUACUAUUGUUUAUUAUAUUAAUACAUUUCUGAACAUAAUUGUAAUUAGUUCAAAUAGGAAUUCUCUGCCUCAUUGAUAACUCGAUGAAAUAUACUAUUUAAAACAAUUGAACCUAUCCCAUUUUAUUAGUUUGCAAUAACAUAUUGAGUGUAUCUAAAAAUAAUUUAGUCCUUUUAAUAGCACAAACAUUUUGUUUACCGUGUGAUCUGUAUCCUUAUAAAAUAAUUAAAUGUAUUGAUCUUUUCUAUAUAAAUAACAAUACAAAUGUAAUAAACAUAUUUUCUGAUUUGUACUCCAUAUGUUUGCCAUAAAACGAUAUAAAUACUAAGUUGAAAAUAAGAAAUAAAUACUUACAAUAAAGCAGCUUCUAUUUCAUUUCUUUUGGCAUAAUUGUAAAUGCUCAUAUUUAUUCUGGUGGGUAAAUGCAUAGUCUUGGACAUAUUCCUUUAAUUUCAUUACCCAUUUUUAUCACAAAUUUGAUGCUUCCAUUUUUACUGUACAUGACAACGGCGUCAAAACGGCGCACAUUAAAGUCAGAAAUAGCAGAUUUACUAAACAAUUAUUUGCCUGAAGAUGUUCAAUCUGGUUAUCAAAUAUACAUCACUUCAGAGAUUCUAACAAAAUAUGGACACUUCAUGGCUAAAAGUAACUUACUUCAAAUUCGCUGACCCUCACGCGCAUACUUUUAAGCAGGGUGAUCCCUGCGCAUGAACUUUAAAAAUACCCCAAUAUAAAUGCGACUUUUUGGUUUUUGUCGUGUUUGUCUGUUUGUUUUUUGUCUGUGGUGUUUACACUUUUCUACUCAAUUUUCAAGUAUAAUCUGUGUUCUUUCUGAGAAAUUUCAAGGACAUUUGACGUCAUUUUCUGUGUUAUCAAAACGUACUUACAUGUGUCAAAUUGACGUUAGGUCAACACAUGUAAUAAACAAAUCUAUCAAAACUCCAAAUCUCUAAAAAAUAAAAGGUAACAUCAGAAAUAAAACUGUCAUCAUCAAAUAGAUAUCAAAUAUCUAACACGCCUAGUAAUCUGCAGAAUCAAUACCAGUCAGUUUUGUAUGGAAAAUGUUUCUACAGUGAUUUCCGGUGAUCAUAGAUCUAGUAUGAAAACAUAGACAAAGGUAAACAAAUUGAACGUAAUUUUCUGAUACAUAGAUCAGCGAAUACUAUUUGAUGCCCGAUUUAAGAAGGAUCACAGGCCUACACAAUUUCCCAUGUUGAGACCGACUACUUUUUCUUCCUGUUAACAGUAGAAGUUUUACACCUGAUAACUCUUCUGCGGUUCAGAACCACCGACAUAAAUUUUGUUAGUGUUUUUGAACAUAUAUAAGUGUUUUUAGCAAAUUGUUCCUAGACCCAGAAAAUGUUUUCAUAUCAUAAUUUACGAAUGAAAUGCUGCAGUAUACUCGGUGUUAGAAUUCUUCGGGGGCGGUUAUGAUUCUUCGUAGCAUAUAACUAUCAUAUGAAGUCUAAAUAAUUAUUUCAGAAACAGGAUACGAAAAUAUAUCAUGGAUUUUCAUAUUAUACAAUGUCUACACACACGUACUCGUACGCACUCAGGCAUGCAUACAUAUUUUUGAAUAGAAAAUUGAUUGAUUUAUUUUAUUUGGGUUUACGGCGCAUCGACAAAGUAUAGGUUAUAUGGCGCCAAACAGGACUACCAAUUUUGAUUCCACAUCGAAAUAAAAACAUGAAGUAUGGAAUCAAAAUUUGUAUACCUGCUGGAAUCACAGAGUUACAACCUUAAAUGUGAUCUACAUGAUUGAGUACCUUGUUAUGAAGCCGUAUAUAAUUAUAUAGAUUAUAACCGGCAGCCUUGCUGUAAAUAAGAACUGUCUGAUUCGGGAUGCUUCGGUUUUUCACGGAAAUAUUAAUAUAAUCCGAUGCUCAUUGAUCUAUCAGUUGUAAUCUCUACGUUCAGGGGAGCGGUGGUCUAGUGGAUAAGGUGUCGGCCGCUCAAUCCAGGGGUCGUGGGUUCGAGCCCCACUGGGGUCACGACCAUGACUUCUCAUAUGACACCAGUACUGGUUUUUCCAGGAAGCGGACUCGAGAGUGGUUCCAAUAAGCUUGAAGCUUUCAUCACAAUCGAGCUAAAACAAAUUAGUAUAAAC